AUGAAUGAGGAUAAAAGUGAAGAUGUAAAUUUGGGAAAGCUCAAGAAUGAAACUGAUAAAGCUGAAAUAGAUAAUAAAGAUGUAGUUGGAAUAGACACUAAAAGUGUAGCUGAAAUAAAUACUAAAGAGUCUGAUAAUACAUUAGUUGAGAAUUGUAUUGAAAUAAAAGAGUAUGUAAGAAGUGACAUCUGCAAUGCUCUUAUAGAGAUGGGAUUUGGGAUCAUUGAAGCUGAGAAAGCAAUAUUUUUUACGAGAAAUGCAGGACUAGAAGAAGCACUAUCAUGGAUUGAAGAGAAUAAAGAUAGUGAAUACUUGAAAGAUCCAAUAGUACAAACUUCAACUAGUGAAGAUAACAAAAAUGAAACAAAAUUAUCUGAUGAAGAGGUUUUAAUAAAGGUGCAGGAGCUACAGAGAAAGGUAAGGGAAAGAAGACGAUUGAAGGAAAGAGAGGAUGAGAUUGAGAAGGAGAAAAGGCGAAUUUUAUCGGCAAAACAAUUGAUAGAAGCCCAAAGAAAGCUUGAAGAAGCAGAAAGAGCUAGACAUAUACAACAAGUUUUGAAAGAGAAGGUAGAACAUGAGAAGGAGAGAAAUCGACAAUUAGAUCUCUUAAGACAGGAAUGGGAAGAAAGGUUUGGCUGUCCAUAUCCUGAAGAUGAGAAAAAAGUAUUACCGAAGACAGGUAAAGAGAAAGUUGCGUUUUACUGUAGUAAGUUACAAAAAGAAUACAAAGAUACAGAUAGAGCCGGACUAAUUGAGUGUCUUGCUUUAUUGAAGACUUACAUAUCAAAUGUGCUAAACAAUCCUCAAGAAGAUAAGUAUAAGAAAAUUCGUCUUAAUAAUUCUACUUUCCACUCAAAAGUGGCAAGAUAUAAUGGAUCAAUAGAUAUAUUGAAAGCAUGUGGAUUUGAAAUAGACGCAAAUAAUGAAUUCCUUAUUAUAACACCAAAUAAAAUUCCAGAUACCUUUACUUGUGGACAGGCAAUACGCUUUAUAGAUCUUAUUUUAAGGACACUUCCUUGA